AUGGUACAAGCUACAGUGUUUGGACUGCUCGGGCUGGCCGCCUCUGCCUUGGGCACCUAUGCACCGUAUUACGCGAACUUGACCUGGGAGCCGGCGCGGACUCUGUCUAACUGGUCGAACCUGACCGUCGAAACGCGGACAGGAACGUUCAUUGGCAUGCUCAAUGAUACCUAUCCAGACGUGCGUCAGUUUCUCAGAGUACCAUAUGCCAAGCCUCCGGUUGGCGAUCUUAGAUGGCUCCCUCCUCACAGGCUUGACAAUUCUAGCAGGAAAUACGACUCCACUUUCUACGGGCCAGCCUGUCCACAGUAUGUGCCCUCGACUAGUUCGUUUUGGAAUGAAUAUGAACCGGCAAACCUGCUGCUCAGCGUUGGGGAGAAACUCAACCAGGGUUCGACCGCGUGGUCAACGUCGGAAGAUUGUCUCUCGCUGGCGGUGUGGACUCCUUCUUAUGCCAAUGACACAUCGAAACUCCCAGUCGCACUGUUUGUCACCGGUGGCGGUGGGAUUACUGGAGGGAUCGAAAUCCCUUCCCAGCUGCCGUCUGCUUGGGUGUCGCGGUCUCAGGAGCAUAUCGUCGUGACUAUCAACUACCGGGUCAACAUUUUCGGAAAUCCGAAGUCACGAGCGUUGAAUGACACCUCUCUCACCCUGAUGGAUGUGAGGGCUGCUGUGGAAUGGGUUCACGAAAACAUUGAAGCGUUUGGAGGUGAUGCGGACAACAUCAUGCUAUGGGGACAAUCACAAGGUGCUCUCUUGACACACCUAUAUACCCUCGCAUGGCCAGAGGAGCCUCUGGCAGCCAAGUUCGGCGUCAUCUCGCAAGGCGCUUCGGCGACGAUCAACCUGUCAACUACGACGGAUGUGUACCAAGACUUUGACAUUGUGGCCAAGGGACUGGGGUGCAAUUAUGGGGAUGAUGCCGACGCCGAGCUAGAAUGCAUGCGGGGGAUCUCGUGGGUCCAGAUCGAGGAGUACAUUAACCGCUACAACAGCACUCCCUCUAUUGCUUUUACCAACUACAUCCCCGAUGAGCGAUACAUCUUCUCCGACGAACGGCAACGCUACAUUGAGCGCAAAGUGGCGCGAGGGCCGUCGAUCCGGUCCGACGCGGCACGAGAAUUCCCCAGCGAGAAUACAACGUCGGUUGAUGUCGACGAGGGCGAAGCGGACUGUCUGGCAGUGACUGAUGCUGCACUGCGCGCGUCGAUUGGCUUGGAGACAUAUCGCUACUACUGGGCGGGCAACUUCUCCAAUAUCAGUCCGGUACCGUGGCUGGGUGCAUUCCACUGGACUGACCUGUUGAUGAUCUUCGGCACAUAUAUCUUGGAUGUAGGCGAGAUUCCCCAGCUGGAAGUAGACACGUCGGCCACGAUGCAGGACUUUCUCCUCGCGUUUCUCAAGGACUCGUCGAGCAUUAGUGAGACGGUGGGCUGGCCUGCGUACUAUGGGAACCAGUCGAAUGGGGGUCUGAUCCUGGAGUUUGGCAAUGGGACGACAGUACGGAAUAUCACCGGGGACUGGCUGUUCUGCAUCUAG